AUGUUUCCAACAACACGAUUGCUCCAAGCAUGUCGAAUCACGCUUUUCACAAGAGCUAAUUGUUCACUCUGUACCAACGCCAAAGAUACAUUAUUUAAAGUUCGAGAUACAAGACCAUUUGUAUAUAGAGAGAUUGCUGUUAUGGAAGAUGGACAAAAGCACUGGAAGGAUCUAUACGAAUUUGAUACACCUGUGAUUCACAUUAGCAGGGAGGAUGCUGGGGAGGAACAGUCUGAAUUGGCAUCCAAGGCAAGAAAGCUGAUGCAUAGAUUUACCGAGGAGGAAGUCAAAGCGAAGAUGGAUGAAGUAGAAGGGGAAAACUCUGUCUGA